AUGACCACGACCACCUUUUGCAGUUCAAGGUCUGUUUCAGAUAGUAUCAGUGAACUACCAAACGACAUAAUAAAUCAAAUUCUGAUGCGACUACCGCAGAAGGAUGCAGUAAGGACAUGCAUCUUAUCAACAAAAUGGAGAUAUAAAUGGUUAGCAGUUCCACAACUUGUAUUUGAUUAUCCCAGCAACUAUAAGUUGUCACCAACAGAGAAGAAUAAGCUUGCAACAGCUAUUUACCAAGCUUUAUUACUCCAUCAUGGACAUCUUAUCAAGUUCAGCUUCUCUGUUACGGAUUUGGAUCACAAAAACUCUUCUGAUAUGAAUCAUUGGUUACAUUUCCUGUCCAAGAAAGUUUCAAUUUCAUUGAAUGGGAUGGCUGAAAUUGCCAAGUAUUUCAAGGACAAAAAAACAUCUAAUUUGAUAGAGAUGGCUUCUAGUAUACCUGCAAUUGAGGAAUUGGCUGUAGAAAAUUAUUUUUUGAAGUUUUUGGCCAUGGGAGGUGUACAAAACAGGCUUACAAAGACUUUACAACACCUUAGAAUUCUUCAUCUAUCUGGGAUCUGUUUCGAAAAGAUUGAAGAGGUCUCCUGUGCUCUUUGCUUGAUUAGAAGCUCACCCAACUUGGAAAAACUAACAAUCAAGGCACUCAGAGAGACAAAUGUUGUGAUGAAAGCUGUAGUAGAACAUUUGAGAGUUGAAGACUUCUUAGAUUGUUCAUUAGACCAGCUCAGGGUUGCGAAGAUGCAGCUCAUUAGUGGUGUGAGGCCAGAAUUGGAGUUCAUGAAGUUUUUACUGGCUACUUCUACUAGGCUUGAGAAAUUUGAAAUUUUGCCCAUUCAAGGGAAGAGCUUUAAUUGUGGAUUUCAAAGAUUGAAAGAGUUGAUACGAUUUCGACGAGCUUCUGCAAAAGCUGAAAUCAUUUACUUGGACCCUGAUGACCUAGACAAAUAG